UGUGUGUGUGUGUGCAGAAUAAAACCACCGUGAUGGUGGAGGAUCUGCGUCUGUGCUCGGUUAAACCGUGUGAGGAAACCCGACGCUGCUGCUGCUUCCAGAUCAUCACACCUACAAAGAGUGUUACACUGCAGGCUGAUUCAGAGGAGACGAGACAGGGUUGGAUCAGCGCUAUACAGAGCAGCAUCAUCACGGCCUUUAACAGCACAUCAGGUCAGGAGGUGAAGUCAGUGCUGACCACAGGACCUUCACAGAAAGAUGAAAGUCCAGUACAGAAGAUCAGGGCUAUCGAGGGGAACGACACGUGCUGCGAGUGUGGCCGGCCCGAGCCGGAAUGGGCCAGCGUUAAUCUGGGAGAAAAUAUUGAUGGAGAUCAGAUACCUCCUUUACUGUGGGACGAUGUGGAAUCUUACAUCAGAGCCAAAUACAUCCAGCAGCGCUUCAUCAGGAAGGAACCUGAUCAAGAACCACAGCUGUUGUCCAAAGAAGCACAAGAACCACGACUGCUGGCUGCAGAACCACGACUGCUGGCUGUAGAACCACGACUGCUGGCUGUAGAACCACGACUGCUGGCUGAGGAACCACGACUGCUGGCUGUAGAACCACGACUGCUGGCUGAGGAACUGCAGAAGAUGGCUAAGAUGCUGGAAAAAGAAUUACAGCUGAUGGCAGAAAUACUGCAGCUGCUGAACAUCAAAUGCUUUUAAAUCCCUAAAACACACACACACACACACACACACACACACAUUAAUCCAAAACUUAUAUUUUAUAUUUGGCUAAAAUUUCCCCUCUUCCCAGUAAAACAAGAGCAAACUAACACAAUAGCAAGUGUGCAGGACUACAAGGUAAAAUAGAAUAAAUAUAAUAAAUAUCACUGGCAGCCACGCCUAAAUAUGGGAGCAGCCAAAAGAAGAAGAAAAUGAUGCACUAAUGCAGUUUUAUUUCCACAGCCUGUAGGACUAUUGAGGGAGAGUCACACUAUACCACAAUCCUUCACCAGCACCCAUGUAUGAACCCAGCUGAGGUGCUUCGCUAGCUGCAUGAGACUGCUGGGAAUAUUCAAAACCUGUCAGACCAUCAGACCAGAACCACAGGAAGCUCCAGCACAUCGUACACUGUGUUGUAAAUGACGAAAGGAGAUUAGAGGAGACUAGCAGACCAGCACCAGCGCAUCAUGUGUCACACAGCUGUACAUCAACUUCUGGUGCUAAAAUAUCCUCACCAGUGCAGUCCAACAACCACAGAAGAUCCCUGUCCAUGAUAUUCAAGAUCAACCUGAAGAGACUCCACAGAUCUUCAGUCUGUUUAAUUAGAGUAAAAAUAAAGUAGAAUUAUAGAAAUA